CCCCUACGCGAGGCUAAAUUCUCUCCCCUUCGCUGUGGACUCAGUAGCUCACUGAACGAAAAAAAAAAUUCCAUGAAUGAGAAAACAAUUUCAGCAUGUGUUAGCAGUGGUGAAUGUACGGUGGAUACUCACUCUUUCCGGCACUAUAAACCAUUUGGUCAUAACGUUUUAAGGAAGUGUUAAUAAAUAGGAGAAGGAAUAAAUAAAAAAAAGCGAUAUUUCGGAGGAGGGUGACUGUUGCUCAAAACUGGCCGAGUAUCGCAGCCUGCACAAACUGAGACUCACCUUCCAGCAGAGGUUCGCGGUGAGGUGGCUGAAGCCAGGUGGAAUUUUUGGAUGUGAUUCAGACAAGGUAACAUGCACACGGUAAUGGAUGACGUCAUCUGCACGUGCCUGACGCGCGUGUACGCUGACCACGCCGCGCGCACUGACCGGCUGACCUGCCGGCUGGAGCACGCCCUGCCCAUCCGGCACAGCUUCUUCCGGCUCAAGCGGGUACCGCACUUCCAGUCACGUGAUGACCUUCACAGCGAGCACACGCCCGCUUACCUCCCCAUUUACAGGCUAGAGAACGCCUCGCUGGAGAGCCUCUCCCAGAAAAGCAAAGCCGGCUGCCGGAGAGUCCUGAUCGAGGGCGACCUGGGCACGGGCAAGACCCUGGUCUGCCAGCGCCUGUUGCACGAGUGGGCCAAGGCCAUGCAGUUCUUCCGGCACGUCAACAUCGACAAGGCCUACAUCAGGGAGGGGGAGGGGGAGAAAAGCACGGGUCAUCAACGGCAGGCCCGCGGGGAUGGAGGGGGCGGGAAGAACCCGGCUGACCCGGGGGAGGAGAACGACGAGGAGGCGGACGGGGAUAUCCGGCGUCCGCGCCGGCAGUGGAAUUUGGAGGCGUUCGGUGCCUCGUCUUCAGAGCACGCCGCGGGUCAGAGGUUAACCGCAGGGGUCAAGGUUACCGUGAGUAAAAGUAAAAGCCACGACGAUGCGUUGAGUAAAAACUGUGACGUCAAGGAGAACGAUUCAACCGGAAGUGACGCGAAUUCCGCUAACGGAAACCACCGAUCUCGGAAAGCUCUUUUCGUGGAGCAGCAGGAAAAAGAGCAGAGCAGGAGGGCGGCGGGCGGGAACGGCUCAUCGAGGUCAAGGUCAAACGGGAGAAUGCGAAAGGGGAGCCGGAGCCGAAGCAGCGGCGAUGCUGAGAAAGACAGCGUCACCAGGAAACGGGAGAAAGCCAUCUGCGACGGCAUCCCUCAGAAGUACCUCUCCCUCCUCAACAUCGGCUCGCCCGGGGAGGGGGCGUUCGAGUCCCCGAACCGGAUGAAAGGCCCGUUCCGGGAACCGCGGCGCCAGCGGCCGUCACGGCUGACCAGCAACCUGACGGACUACAAGGCCAUGAUCUACGUGCCGUGCGUGCGCAUGUCCCUGGCGGAGAUCCUCACCAAAUGCAACAACUCCCGCGUCCGGCAUUACUACGUGGCGGCGUCCGUCUUGCUGGACCUUCUGGUUCUGAGCGACGUCCAGCAUCAGACGAUCUCCUUCGACGCGGCGUACCACUGGGUGCUGACCAACCGUGAAGACAUCUGCAUCAUCUUCGACAACAUCGACGGCUCCGACGCCUGGCAGAGGCUGAUCACCGACGCCUUCCACGACAAAGACGGGUUUGGUAAAAUGAUAGUGGCCGCUACCCCGGGGCGGAUCUCAAAACGUGACGUCGACACCCUAUUUUACUGUUACGGACUAGCCAGCGAGUACAGCAACAAGACUUUACUCUCCAGACUAAGAACGGAAGCGCCGAACGUCGUGGAUCGAAUCUCAUUCCUACUGAGUUCCAACCACAUUCAAGAACUGUUGUGUAACCCGUUAAGUUUAUCCUUGCUGACGGCGUACUUCAGAAGUGUCAAGGACGAAGAUGAUAUCCCGGAACACCUCUCGGAACUGUUGGAGAUUUUGAUACACCACGCUAUGGCGCAUGAGACGAACACUGUCCAAAACAUCACAAAAGGACGACGGACGAGAUUCUCCCUACAAGGCGUCUGCGAGACGGUUGCCUUCGAAUGUUUAGAAAACGACACGAACUAUUUCUCCAAGCAGAAAUUCCCCAAACAGUUUUGGGUCCGGCAUUUGUGCGACUGUCGUGUUCUUCACGAGGUUCACGAAAUUGCGAAUUUCGCGUCCAUUCACGACAGACCAGUGUCGCCCAUCGUCAACCCCGCCAUCACCCCCGACAGCGACUCCGUACACAGCAGCGCGUCCUCCAGUUUUGAGAUCAACUUCCACACAGACCUCACCUCCAGCACUCAAAACCUCGCCGAACAAGACAACGAAGCGUCUCCUAGCAACCGCGUUGACUCAACCGGAAACACACGACUGCAAGUACCCACAAUCCACACCGCGGGAGACCCGUCGAAAAAAAUCGCCGACCGUCCGAAAUUUUUAUCCAUCGAUACGAAAAAAUCCCCAACGAAGAUGGUGCAAACUACACAAGCAAGCGGUGAGAUCGUCUCUUUCACAAGUCGAUGUAUCCGGGAUUUUCUGGCAUCGAAGAGGGUGUGUCGGUACCUAAUGUCAGACCGGGACUGCGAGGGUUUCAUCCAGAGGCUGAUCGCCAAGCCUCAGUUCUACCCCGUCCUGCGUCUGACCGUCCGGAGCCUCUACAUCCUUGACCGCUCGGACCUCAUCCUCAACCUUCUCGACAUGCUACUCACGUCUCAAGAACUCAACGCCCAGAUUCCUUUUGGGCUCAACGCCUCUUCUCCACCUCGCGGCCCGUCCCCUCCUAAUUUCGGAGACACGGUGAUCCGGGUUCGAGUCCCGCACAAGUACAGAAUCUCCAAUUCGGACUGUCCGUUUAGGGCGAAGAAAGAAGACUUGAAACAAAGACGGUCGUCCACGUCCAUCUUGGGCACGUGUUUUGAGGGGCCGCCUUCUUUAAGUUCUUCCCCAGGAUUCAGUCGUCUGCUGAACAACACGUCAAUGCUGAGUCCCUUCACGAUCCCGCCUUCUCCAGAGGCAACUAGAGGGUACCUCGAGGACUUCAAGGAAGCGCUCAUCUGGCUGGCAGAGACUGACAACAGCGAGCCGUACAUCGGCGCCGUGUCCAACCGCUUCCCCGACACGCUGGUCAUCUCCUACCAGGACUGCCCCUCGGAGACCAUCGACCACUUCAUCUGCCUGACCAUGCGCAGCAGCCCUGUCGUCCGGGAGGUUGUGCUGUAUAUGAGCGGGUUCUACGCCCAGUGGGACCUAGGCCUGCGUUUAGCUGAAGCGUUGCAAGAGCUUAAAAAUUUAACAGUGCUGCGGAUAAGUAUGAAGUGUGUGGUGGAAACGACGUUUUUGGUGGAUUUUAUAUGCGAGUGUUUUGAGAGGAACGACCAUAUUGAAACUCUCUGUCUAGAAGGGCCGAUGAACGUAGCGGAGAAUCUCACCCCCGCUGAGCACAAGCGGGUUUUCAACACCUUCCAUGAGCAGCGAGGGUUGAAGACGCUGGUUCUCGACCACUUCAGCUACCACCAUAGGAUCAGCUACAUUUUAAGCUGCUGGCCCAACGUCAUCACCGGUCUGCAGAUCAAGCGCUCCAACGUCGACAGCGUGGCGGAGAGAAUCAACGAGAAGAUUUCCAGGUGUCCGGCGCUCGCGUCCUUGACCUUAGAGAACUGUUUCGUCCCGACGUAUUGUCUGUUCUCUAUCGUCAGCCAUAUUGCCCAACACGCCCCCGUGUUAAACAUCGUCACCAUCGAACUAACUCUUCUUUCAUCGGCGAGAAAGUUUAGCAAAAACGACGCUAAAAAAACUUACUUCCGGCCAGCCUUGACCUAUGACGUCUGCGUCGAACUAGCAAAUAUUGUUAAGAACUCCACAAGUCUCAAAAACCUUCUGCUCAGUUAUAAUGGGCUGACAGACGACAAAGCGAAAGUACUCUUGCGUUCUACUGUCGAAAGCCGAUCGCUCGCCUCCCUUGAUCUCACGGGAAACCUCAUAGGCAAUGACGUAGAGGAAGACGUCAUUCUGUUGUUGAGCAAAGCCAACCAAUUGAAAUCCUUGUUACUUGGCGACAACAACAUCACGAAAGAAACAAGGAGCGCCAUCAUUCGGGGAUCUCUAAGUCGACAUGACCUACGGCUAAGCCUCUAACAUAAAAAAAAAUUGUUUCAUGUUAACAAAUGCAAAUCGAUAAAUUUUAUUUAUCAGGAUAUACUCUAAAAAUAUACUAUUACCUUAUAUUAGUUCUCGUUGCUUAAAAAAACAACAUUUGGUUUGUUCUUAAAGAGGGGUUUCCUUCUACCUCUUUUGUCCAAAAAAAAAAAAAGGGGGGGGGGGGGUCCAUGGUUAAAGUAUAUAUUUUCUCUAAAAACAAUUUCUCUUCUAUUGGGACAGGUGUGAAAGGGGGUGGGGAAUGUGUAUACGAGCUCCAUUAAGUAGUGGUGCUUGAAAAAACAAACUGUUUAACAGAUCAAAUUUUAAAUUUACACAUUUUAACACAUAUAUAGGCCUAUUUGAAAACUGUCAACUGUAUGUGUUGAAUUCGGUGUGUGGAGUUUAGUAUAUUGGCAAUGGUGGAAUCAUGCCUAUCAUUUCCUAUUGUUGCUGAUUGUAAGGUAUAACAACGAGCAGUGGAUAUAACGGUUAUAUAUUUUAAGCUCAUGAGUUGGAGGGGUGGGAGCAGGAAUGAAACAGAAUAAUUAAUCGCAGCAUUGACAGUCAUCUUCUCUUCUGUAUGAAGUAAGAUUUAAACAUGGACCACAAACAAAAAUUACUACAAACCAAGAAACGAAACAAAAAUAUUUAACGAUUCAGUGUUUAGAUUAUCAGAAGGUAAAUGAUAGUAACAAAAUGGUAGCACGUUUUAAAGAGGCAUGAGAGAAUCUAGGACCAUAUAG